AUCACCUGCUGGCAGAUUUCCAAUAAACAACCCAAAAACAAACAGAUUCCCUUUAACAUAAUGGCCAUAUUAUUCCAGUGUUGAGGCAGUGGUGGGUGUGAGUGUGACAUCUGUUAUGGAGACCAUUUCUGGUGAUUUGUUAAUGAUUAACAUUCAGUCAACCUUCUUGCGCGGCUCUUCGGUCAGCGCCCUCGCAGGCAGUCAGAGUUGAGGACAUUUUCUAAAAACUGCUGAUAAUAACAGACUUGUUUAACAUUUUUUUUUUCUAUUUCAGAACAUUUUUAUGUUUUUCUUUUUUUGCCUGAUUUUUCAGUUUUCAGUUUCACCAUAUUUCGUCUCUACACAGAGUUAUAUGUCACCGACUUGAGCAUCUCAUCUGUUGACAUGAUCUGACAUCCCUCCUCAUGUGUGAGAAAUGUCAGCUGCUCCUCAUGGAUGUAGCAACAAUACCUAUCACUCAAUGUGCACUGAGGAGGCGUCAGGUCCUCUUGCUGUAAUUAUCAUCCCCUGUCUGUUGACUCUGAGCACAGUUUUAGUGGUGGUUCUGAUUUUCUGCAGUCUGCACAAGAGCAAACAAAGAAGACAAAGCAACUUAGUGAAUUUCACAAACGGCCAGCAGAGUGUGUCCCUGACUGCAUCUUCUGUAAGCACUCCAAAAGUCCAGGCAGCUUUGUCGCCCUGGGAAAUCCCCGAGGAGUGUGUUCUCGAGGGACUGGAGUUUUGGCAGACAGGCCGCCUCGGCCCCAUUUGUAAAGGUCUGCUGAAGAGGAGUGAUGGAGCCUCUUGUGCUGUGGUGGUGAAGUCCCUGCGAGAUGAAUCCAACCAGCCUGAAGGGAAGGAGCUGGAGUGGGUCCUCUUCCACGCCACAGUGUGUAAACAUGAAAACGUGGUGCAGUUGCUGUACUGUCAGACCAAAUGUCUGCCAGUGUGUCUCGUCUUAGAGGCAUACAGCCCAGGAAACCUCCUUCACUUCCUCUGGUCACUCAGAAAUAGGGGUUCAAACAGUGAGGAUCCAUUUUUGAACUUCUCUGAGAGGUCGGUGUAUCUUGUGGCAAAGCAGGUUGCAGCUGGUCUGGAUUACCUGAUGUCGGAGCACAGGCUGGUGCACGGCGAUGUUGCUGCCAGGAACAUCUUAAUUGGCCCGGGCCUCUCCGCUCGGGUGUCUGGGCUCGGGGUGGCAUUUGAAGGACGUAGAAUGGAUCCAGCAGCAUUUAGGCAGAGGGCAGCAGAGGUGCCUCUCAAAUGGCAGGCUCCGGAGAGGCUCGCGAUGCAGCUCAGCAUUGACAGGGGCGACGUGUGGUCAUUUGGAAUCUUACUGUAUGAACUGAUUACCUUAGGUUCUCCUCCAUACCCUGAGCUGGAUCCUCUGUCUGUGCUUCCAAAACUGCAGGGGUCUUAUCGAAUGAAGAGACCAGUGAGCUGUGGAGGACCUUUAUAUGAUCUGAUGAAGUACUGUUGGAUGUGGUGCUUCAAAGACCGCCCUCCUUUCUCUGCAGUCAUAAAGCUGUUGGAUUCCUCUCUGCAUCUCGCUGCUACCAAAGACAUUUGUGUUUUUGAGGUAAUAGACAUACCCGAGUAUAACAGGAAGGCAGGGCUGCCAAAUACUACAAAGACAGAUUAACUUCUUAAGUGUGUUUAUCUCUGAUUGCAAUGUAGGCUAACACCUGCUGGAUACUUUUUGGAUGUGUAACAUUGGACAAGUUUAGGGUCAAAGGUGGAUCAUAUAAUAAUCAAAGAGAAAGAGAGUCAUUUAAUAAUCACUUAUUUAUUGUCAAAAAGGAACAGACUUAUUAACACAGAUCUUUUUAUUCAUUGAUAUCUUCAGACUUUCAUCCUUGCAAAGUACAGUGUAUGUAUCUGUAAAGCUGUUGGCAUGCAUCCAUUACUGUGACUCUGAAAACCAAAACACCCACACAGGAAAGCUUGAUGCACUUUUCAAUGGACUAAGAACAUGUAUUUUCAGUGCUGCAGAUUUAUUUAACAACCGUUUCUAAAAAGUUCAAUACAUUUGUUUUAACUGUGGUUUGAGUUUUUAAUCAGAACUAUUAAGGAUUAUCUAAUUUUUUGAUCAUCUAUGAAUAUCUGCUCUAUCAUAGUUCUUUAAGGGAGCCUCAUACGCUUCUAACACUUUGUGUUAUUGCUUAUAGAGGCUUCGAAUCCGUAUUAUAAAAUAUGUACGUUCACACAAGAGACGAGUGAUGCCACAAAGGUGUUCUUGAUAAAAGUGCUUGUCUACAAAAUAAAAGUGAAUACUGGCCAUAGUGAAGUGCAAACACACUUUUAUCCUCUCCUGUCUUGUCCUUUUUUAAGUUUCAACACUACUUCUAAUAGUGGCGCAUUUCUGAACACAGCCAACAUAAACUACAAUACAACACGUGUGCUGCAGCUAUGUGUAAUGUUUAAUCACUAGGUGGCAGUAAAUGCAAGCUUUGCAGCUCGGGAUGUGCUCUUAUCAAAGGUCAAUUACACAAAAAUCAAAGCAAACAAAUGAAAAUACUGCUGCAGAGUAUUGAGGAAUUGAAACAUCCUGUUGCAUCUGAGUCCACCUUAGUCACUGAUGUCAACUACUGCAGACAAGUGAGAGGAUUACGAGAUAGGGUGGUAUUCCAGUGUUGUCCUACUAUUUGAACUGCAAUGCCUCUUAAAACAGGGACAAACUCAUAGCAUGACUGAA